CUAUCCUGAACCCGAAGCAGCCCAAAGAGACACCAAAAAGCUUCAGCUUUGACUAUUCCUACUGGUCCCACACCACACCCGCAGACAUCAACUAUGCAUCUCAAAAACAAGUGUACCGGGAUAUCGGCGAGGAGAUGUUGCAACAUGCCUUCGAAGGCUAUAACGUCUGCAUCUUUGCUUACGGGCAGACGGGUGCUGGAAAAUCCUACACCAUGAUGGGAAAGCAGGAGAAGGACCAGCAAGGCAUCAUCCCACAGCUGUGCGAGGAUCUCUUCUCCCGCAUCAAUGACACGACGAAUGACAACAUGUCCUACUCCGUGGAGGUGAGCUACAUGGAGAUAUACUGUGAGCGUGUGAGGGACCUCCUGAACCCCAAGAACAAGGGGAACCUGCGGGUGAGGGAGCAUCCCCUGAUGGGCCCCUACGUUGAAGACCUUUCCAAGCUGGCUGUGACCUCCUACAAUGACAUCCAGGACCUCAUGGACUCUGGGAACAAAGCCCGCACAGCGGCUGCCACCAACAUGAACGAGACCAGCAGCCGCUCCCACGCCGUGUUCAACAUCAUCUUCACCCAGAAGCGGCAUGACGCCGAGACGGACAUCACCACUGAGAAGGUCAGCAAAAUCAGCUUGGUGGACCUGGCAGGGAGCGAGAGAGCUGACUCCACUGGCGCGAAGGGCACAAGACUAAAGGAAGGAGCAAACAUCAACAAGUCCUUGACCACACUGGGGAAAGUCAUCUCUGCCCUGGCCGAAAUGGAUUCGGGGCCGAACAAGAACAAAAAGAAGAAGAAGACAGAUUUCAUCCCUUACCGGGACUCGGUGCUGACCUGGCUGCUGCGGGAGAACCUGGGGGGCAACUCCAGGAACGCCAUGGUGGGCGCUUCUAGCGCCGAGACCCUCAGCACCCUCAGAUAUGCCGACCGUGCCAAGCAGAUCCGCUGCAACGCUGUCAUCAAUGAGGACCCCAACAACAAACUCAUCCGGGAGCUGAAGGACGAGGUGGCACGCCUGCGCGACCUUCUCUACGCCCAGGGCCUGGGGGACAUCAUUGACACCCAUCCUGCUGCAGGAGGAUCCAAAUUGACCAACGCCAUCGCCGGGAUCAGCCCCUCUUCCUCUCUCUCGGCCUUGUCCAGCCGCGCUGCCUCCGUUGCCAGCCUCCAUGAACGCAUCAUGUUUGCUCCAGGCAGCGAAGAGGCCAUCGAAAGGCUCAAGGAAACCGAGAAGAUCAUCGCAGAGCUGAACGAGACCUGGGAGGAGAAGCUGCGGAGGACAGAAGCAAUCCGGAUGGAGAGGGAGGCGUUGCUGGCCGAAAUGGGGGUGGCCAUGAGGGAGGACGGAGGCACAUUGGGUGUUUUCUCUCCUAAAAAGACCCCACACUUGGUCAACCUGAACGAGGACCCACUCAUGUCCGAGUGUCUUCUCUACUACAUCAAGGACGGGAUAACGAGGGUCGGCCGGGAAGACGCAGAGAAGAGGCAGGACAUCGUUCUGAGCGGACACUUCAUUAAGGAAGAGCAUUGCCUUUUCCGCAGUGACACCAAAACCGGCGGCGAAGUAAUAGUGACCCUGGAGCCAUGCGAAGGUGCCGACACCUACGUGAAUGGCAAAAAGGUGACAGAGCCCAGCAUCCUGCGCUCAGGAAACCGCAUCAUCAUGGGGCCAUGCGCCGAGACCCCCGCCGAACCCGUGGACUGGGCUUUCGCCCAAAGAGAGCUGCUGGAGAAGCAGGGCAUUGACAUGAAACAGGAGAUGGAGCAGCGGCUCCAGGAACUGGAGGACCAGUACCGGAGGGAGCGGGAGGAGGCGAAUUACCUUCUGGAGCAGCAGAGGCUGGACUAUGAGAGCAAACUGGAGGCUUUGCAGAAGCAGAUGGAUUCUAGGUAUUACCCUGAGGCAAAUGAGGAAGAGGAAGAACCUGAGGAUGAAGUGCAGUGGACGGAGCGGGAGUUUGAGCUGGCCCUCUGGGCCUUUAGGAAGUGGAAGUGGUACCAGUUCACCUCCCUCCGUGACCUGCUCUGGGGCAACGCCAUCUUCCUCAAGGAAGCCAACGCCAUCAGCGUGGAGCUGAAAAAGAAGGUCCAGUUCCAGUUUGUGCUCCUCACAGACACGCUGUACUCACCUCUCCCUCCCGACCUGCUGCCUCCCGAUGCUGCCAAGGAGCGGGAGAAGCGGCCGUUCCCCCGGACCAUCGUGGCCGUAGAGGUGCAGGACCAGAAGAACGGGGCGACGCAUUACUGGACCCUGGAGAAGCUGAGGCAACGUCUUGACCUGAUGCGUGAAAUGUAUGACCGUGCAGCAGAAGUGCCUUCUAGCGUCAUCGAAGACUGCGACAACGUGGUGACCGGCGGGGAUCCUUUCUACGACCGCUUCCCCUGGUUCAGGCUGGUUGGCAGUUCAGAUAUCUCUGGCUGCAACAGCUCUCCUCUUUUCAACACAUGCAUGAGCGAGCGCAUGGCUGAUCUCACCCCCUCCCCUACCUUCUCGAACCCCGACUCCGACAUCACCGAGCCUGCUGACGAGCAGCACCUGGGGCAGGAGGAGGAGGAGGAGGAGGAGGAGGAGGCGGAGGACCUGGAGGAAGACAUCUUUCCGGAGUGCCCGCUGUGUGAUGGCCGGGAUCCAUUUUACGACCGCUCCCCCCUGUUCAGUUUAGUAGGAAGGGUGGAGCUGGAGCUGCUCUGCCUCAGGGUGCUGAAGCCAGGCUUAUCGCAGGCAGGCAGGGUGCAGGCAGCGAG